AAAAGGGCAAGAAUGAGCGAGGAAUGAUGAGCAUUCACCAUCUAGGUUGGGAGAAAUGGAGAUGAAGAAAAAAGAGGAGCGAAAAAGGAGGAGAAUGAGCGGAUGAUGGAUGACACACCAUUCAUUUUGAUAACAAACCUCCCUAUAAAUUCAAUCUCACAUUCAUUCCCACAACACCAUUCUUCUCUUGCCAGAAGAAGGCACUAGCUCGCCUUCUUCUUUUUACUUCUUCUUUAAAAAAAAUAAUAAUAAAAAAUGGGUUCCUUUAUUAGGACACCCCUUGUUGUGGCUCUACCUCUCCUAUGCCUCUUGACAAUUGCCAAUGCAGGGGAUCCCUAUCUCUUCUUCGAAUGGCAUGUGACCUAUGGCACCAUCUCCCCCUUGGGGGUCCCUCAGCAGGGCAUUCUCAUCAACGGUCAGUUCCCCGGCCCCGAGAUCAACUGCACCUCCAACAACAACAUCGUCGUCAAUGUCUUCAACGAGAUCGAUGAGCCUCUCCUCCUCACUUGGGCCGGCGUCCAGCAGAGGAAGAACUCCUGGCAGGACGGCACUCCCGGCACCAUGUGCCCCAUUCUCCCUGGCCAUAACUACACCUAUCAGUUCCAAGUCAAGGACCAGAUUGGCAGUUAUAUCUACUUCCCCACCACUGCCCUCCACCGCGCCUCUGGCGGCAUGGGCAUGAUUAAGGUCCACAGCCGCCCUCUCAUUCCUGUCCCUUUUGAUACCCCUGCUGAAGAGCAUGCUAUCCUCCUCGGAGACUGGUACAACAAGGGCCACAAGACCCUCAAGAGCAUUCUUGAUUCCGGCCGGUCCAUUGGCAAGCCCGAUGGCAUUCAGAUCAAUGGCCAGUCCAGCAAGGUUGGCGAUGCAGUCGCCAAGCCCCUCGUCACCAUGGAGGCCGGAAAGACUUACAGGUUGAGGGUGUGCAAUGUGGGAAUGAGGCUGACUGUCAACUUCAGAAUCCAGGGCCACGCCAUGAAAUUGGUGGAGAUGGAGGGAUCCCACACCGUGCAGAAUGUGUACGACUCCCUAGAUAUCCACGUCGGCCAAUGUAUGUCUGUCUUGGUCACUGCCGAUCAAACCCCCAAGGAUUACUACUUUGUUGCUUCCAGCCGCUUCUUCAAGCAAGUCCUCACAUCCGUGGCCACCGUUCACUACGCCAACGGCAACGGGCCCGCAUCCCCUGAGCUUCCACCACCCCCUCCGGAGAACUCCGUCGGUAUUGCAUGGUCCAUCAACCAGUUCCGCUCCUUCAGGUGGAACCUCACUGCUAGUGCCGCCCGCCCCAACCCACAGGGCUCCUACCACUACGGGCAGAUCAACAUCACCCGCACUAUCAAGCUCUCAAACUCCCGCCAAGUGGUGGAUGGCAAGCUCCGAUUUGCUGUCAACGGUGUAUCCCAUGUGGAUGGUGAAACCCCAUUGAAACUGGCGGAGUACUUCGGGAAGGUGGACCAAGUGUUCAAAUACGAUCUUGUCAAGGAUGAGGCAGUACAAGGAGACAAAGUUGUGGUGGCACCCAGCGUGAAGAAUGCAACCUUCAGGAACUUCGUGGAGAUCAUCUUCGAGAACCAGGAGAAGACUAUCCAGACAUGGCACUUGGAUGGAUACUCCUUCUUUGCGGUUGCAAUUGAGCCUGGGACGUGGACCCCCGAGAAGAGGAAGAACUACAAUCUGUUGGACGCAGUGAGCAGGCACACCAUUCAGGUUUACCCCAACUCAUGGGCUGCAAUCAUGACCACUCUUGACAAUGCUGGCAUGUGGAACCUGAGGUCUGAUAUGAGGGAGAGGGCAUAUUUGGGACAGCAGUUCUACUUUAGUGUCGUCUCACCAGCACUCUCCUUGAGGGAUGAGUACAACCUCCCCGCCACACAGGAACUCUGCGGCAUUGUCAAGGAUUUGCCCAGGCUUGCCCUAUACAGUUGAAGAAGAAGAAGAAGAAGAAGAAGAUGGUAGCUAGUCUAAUAAAUGUGCGUAUACAUAUCUGUAUAUUCCUUUUCAUUCUCAGAAUGAAUACACAUAUUUAACCUCUAUAA